GGACCCCUCGGGGCUGUCCAGGGGCCGUAUCCUGCCGUCCCGGGCGCUGAGCCCCAUCCCAAAACGCCUGCAAUCGCCAUGACAACGCUGACUUCAGCCUCCACCACCUACUCGGGCUCCGAGCCCACUGGGUGCUGGCUGAUGGCUCGGUGCGGGCAGCAGCGGAUGGGGCACCCCACGGGAAGGUCCCCCUCCGGCGUGGCAGUGGGUGCCCCACGUCCCCUCGCUCUCUCCCCCAGGACGGAGGAUGUCCUCGAUGUUUGGCAAACCCCGAGUUGGGGGCGAGCGGCCGCCCCAGAGCCCCCUCGCCGAGUGCAACGUGGCCAUCCUGGGGUGCCGAGGGGCUGGCAAGUCAGCCCUGACCGUGAAGUUUCUAACCAAGAGGUUCAUCAGCGAGUAUGACCCCAACUUGGAGGACACCUACGCCUCGGAGGAGCUGGUGGACCAGCAGCCCGUGCUGCUGAAGGUGAUGGACACCGCCGACCAGGAUGGCCCCGGGAACUGUGAGCGCUACCUGCGUUGGGCCAGUGCCUUCCUUGUGGUCUACAGCAUCGAGGACAGGAAGAGCUUUGACGGCUGCCAGCACUACCUGGAGGUCCUCGCCCUGCACGCCAGGGGCUGCCAGCGCCGCUGCCCCGUGCUCCUGGUGGGCAACAAGCUGGACAUGGAGCAGUACAGGCAGGUCCCUGCAGCCGAAGGGAUGUCCCUGGCGACCAGGUUCGGGUCCCUCUUCUACGAGGUGUCGGCGUGCCAGGACUUUGCCGGGGUGCAGCAUGUCUUCCACGAGGCCGUGCGGGAGGUGCGGCGCCAGGCGGAGGGCAGCCAGCCCCUCCGGCCCCUCUUCAUCACCGAGGAGCGGCCUUGCCUGCCGGUGGCCACGCCGGUGGCCUUGCCCGCCCGCCACGGGGUGGCCAGCUGCACCUUCACCACCCUCUCCACCCUCAACUGCAAGGAGAUCCCUUCGGUGGCCCAGGCCAAGCUGGUCACCGUCAAGUCCUCGCGGGCUCAGAGCAAGAGGAAAGCUCCCACGCUCACCUUGCUGAAAGGCUUCAAGAUAUUUUAGGAUGUCUCCCCCCCCCGGGGCGGUGAGAGACCCCCCCAUCCCUCCCGGCUCCACCAGGGAUGAGACCAUCCAUGAUGGACUCAUGGGCAAACAGUGGCCCAGGUCCCCCUGAGGUGGCGAUUUGGCGUGUGGACGGGGAGCUGAGGGCCCAAAUUUGGCUGUGGCAUCCCUCUGCCUGUGCCCACCCAGGCUCUUCUGCCCCCCUGGCUGAGCACUGCCGUGGUGCUUGCACCCUGUCCUGCCACCAGCACCGGGAGCCAACCCCAUUUUCCAUGUGGAUCCCAGGAGUUCCGGAGCAGCCAGAGCCAAGAGCAACGCCAGGAGGGUGAGGGGUGUCCCCCAGGACCCCCCCAGCCAGCUGGUGGGAGCCCAGGAGGGGGGAAUUAAUUAAUCAGGUAUGGAGGCACCCAUCUCGUUCGUCUCACAGCCCCCCCACCAGAGCAAUAAGUAGGAAGAAUUUAUAUGUUUUUUUAAUCUAAACGAGAAAGGUGCAGGUGUUGUUUCAGCCAACUAAAGGCGUUCUGAAACCAACUCCCCUGCAUCGAAAUAAGUCAUACCAAAAGAGCUGGGUUUUUAACCAACUUUUUACAAUCCGCUGUUGCUUUUCAAAGGCUUUUCAAGGAGAGAUGCUUCACUGGUGAGGACAGGCUCUGAAAAGCCUUCGUUUAAAAGACUGAUGUAUUUCCAAAAAAAUGUCUUAAAUUAUUUUGUGGCUUCUCCACGUGCCCGGUGAGGGGUGAGAAGUGGCUGCUAAAGCAGAGCAGGCUCCACCUGUGCCCUCACCAGGGCCAGGGGCUGCGUGUUCUGUCUCAUUUGCUGUGUCAGGUCAAAUGUUCUGCUUCUCCCUGGAGCUGCAGCCACUCUGUGGCAUAAAACAUCCACCUGUAUAUUUGUACAUAUAGAUAUAAAUAUAUAUAUAUAUGACCUAUAGUGAUGGAGAGAGAGAUUCAACACAGGC